UUUUCUUGCACAAAAACGAUUUGAAGUUGGUUUUCUUGAAUUCCCAUUUCUGGUUAUAAACUUUGCACAAAAUGGUAACAUCUCAAGAUCAGAACAAAUGGGUAAUAAUUGACAAUGAUAAGUCUGACAGUGCCACUAUAAUACAGGUUAGCAGUGCAAGGAGGCAUGAGAUUCUUUUCGAAACAAUCCAAACUAUCACCAAUUUUAGUCUCAUAUUGACUAAAGCUUAUGUUUCAGGCGAGGAUGGAUGGUUCAUGGAUGUAUUUCAUGUCACGGAUGAGUAUGGGCAGAAAAUUCAAGAUGAAGGACUUAUUGAUCAAUUAUGCCAGGCUCUUGCAGCUAAAAGAUGUUUGUUCAAUUCCGCAAAUGAGACAGUUGAAGUGUUGCCAGAUCAAGAGUAUACUAUGAUUCUGUUGAGUGGCAUUGACAGGCCAGGGUUACUGUAUGAGUUGUCUGAGUAUUUAGCACACCAUGGAGUUCGUAUUGUUAAUGCUGACUUGUGGACUCAUAAGCAUCAUGCUUCAGCAAUGGUCAAUGUUGUAGAUGAAUCUACAGGAUCUAAAAUCAGUGACAGUCAAAAGUUAUCCGGGAUCAAGAAAGAUUUGGGUCAUAUUAUUAAACCAUCAGUCAAGUUCAGGUCUCCGGAGGACUGGAAUGUUGAAGACAGGAGUUCAAGGACACGUGACACUGCAUCAAACUGCAGUUACAGAGACUAUACACGCAUAGAUAUACGGUCUGACAACAGAGUAAAUUUCUUGCUUGAUACAAUAAGUACUCUCAUGGUUAUGCAACAUGUAGUGUUUCAUGGAUCUGUAUCAGUAGGAAAGAUAAAACUUUUAGGAAUACUACAUUAGGCACGUCGAUGGGUGCUCAAUCAGCAGAACUGAGGAACGUGAUGAACUGUAGGAAUCUCUUGAGCAAACCAUUAACAGCCCAGACUCAGAGGGGGUAGAGGUAGAAUUUUGCUUCGACGGCCAGCUGAUACAAUUGUCUAAAAUUAUGACUGUACUUAGAGAUAUAGGCUGUCGGAUUAAGAGAGCACAAAUUUCUACUGUUGAUGCGGAAGUAAAACAUAUAUAUUGGGUCACUGAUAAUAGUGGUAGAGCUGUUGAUCAGCGGACCGUUGAUUUGAUACGGGAGCAGAUAGGAGAAAGCAUGCUACGGUGCUAACGGUGAAAAAAAAGCCGGUCAAGUCCCCCAUGGGACUCCAACAGAAAGCUAAAGGCUUCUUGUUUGGUAAACCCAAUGAGGCGUCAAGGUGCAGUAAUUAACAGCAAAGUAUUUUGCAUGAUAAGACUGAUACUGUAUUUUCAUACCAUGUGAUCAUUAAAUUUAGGGGUGACAAUUUUGUUAGAAACUCAUUGUGAAUUUUUAAACAAUAAUCGCUACAGUUUUUGGUCUUGGUUA